AUGCUCAAAAAAUUAGUAAAAUUCUGUGAAGAAAUCGGAAUAACUGGUCCUGUUCAAGAAAACUUAUUAAGAUGCUUAAAAAAAUUAGACCCUAAGACUCAGAUAAAUGAUCCUAAAUCUUUUAAUAGAAACCUUGGAUAUGGAAGUAUGGACAUUCUAGCAAAAGCAUGUUAUGAAAAAGGUUGGGUAACAGAUUCUGAUCCUGAAUUUAUUGGUAAAAAAUUUGAACCCGAUCAUGAACUUUCUUUUGUUCGAAAAUUAAUGAGAUGCCAUUAUUAUAUGGUAGGAAAAAGUAACCCAUUUAGUGUGAAAACUAUGGUAGAAAAUUUGUUUGCAGUAAUUAACCCAAAUCAAAAAAAACUAUGGAAAUGCUUAAAAUCAUUAGUGCCUCAAACUUCUGAUUUUAAUCCUAAAUACGAUUACAUCGAUGACUUAACAAAAGCAUGUUAUGACUAUGGACCAACUAAAAAUGAUCCUAAAUAUAAAGACAGAAACUAUCAUCAUAAACGUAAUAUUAGCUUCAUAAAAAAAUUAAAUCGAUGCUAUUACUAUUUGAUCAAUGAAGACCAUGAACUAAAAAGCGUUGAAACAAAAAUAGAUGAUUUAAUCACAAUAUCCAAACCCAAUCAAGAAAAAUUAUAG